ACCUUUCAAAUUAACAAUCAAAAUAAAAAUAUAAAAAUUUGAAUAUUGAUUUUUGUAUUUUGAACUUUAUAUAUUGCACAUUGUACUACAGUUUAAGGAUGACGAUUACGGUUUUAACACAAUAUUUUUAAGAAAAUAUUUAUCUACAAUUAAUUUACUCUGGAAGCAUGGUACUAUCAAAGGAAAUAUGUAAAGUAUUAAGCUAUGAAUCUUUUGUACAUGCAGUUUCCGGCGCUACCGGUAGCGUUGUAGCAAUGAGUGUAUUUUAUCCUGUUGACACGGUCCGUGCUAGACUUCAAGUUGAAGAACCUGAGAAAAGGGAAAAGUCUGGAACAUUUUCAGUGUUAAAUGAAAUAUUUAAAUAUGAAGGAAUUUCCUCUUUAUACCGUGGUUUAGUACCAGUUUUACAAAGCCUUUGUUUAUCCAACUUUGUGUAUUUUUACACUUUUCAUAGUUUAAAGGCAAUGCAAGGACGGGGAAACGGAAAUCAAAGUGCAUUUAAAGAUCUUUUAUUAGGUUCAAUAGCUGGUAUGGUGAAUGUUAUGCUUACAACACCAUUUUGGGUUGUUAAUACUAGACUAAAAAUGAACGGAGUUGCCGGAAAGCCGGUUGAAAAAUUUAAUAAUUUACUUGAUGGGCUAAUAUUUAUUGGAAAGACAGAAGGCUUCAAGGGCUUAUGGGCAGGCGCAAUUCCAUCAUUAAUGUUGGUUAUUAAUCCAGCAUUACAAUUUAUGUUCUACGAAUCGAUUAAAAGAAGGCUAACCAAAAUUCAUGCAAAUGUUCAUACCACAUCAUUUUUUUUUUUGGGUGCUUUAGCAAAAGCUUUUGCAACAUUUGUUACGUACCCUCUACAAUUAGUUCAAACAAAGCUGCGUACUUGUGACAGGUCUUUAAAACAAGACGCUAGUACGACCAAAAUAUUAUUCGAAAUAGCAAGAAAGUACGGAUUUAAAGGUUUAUACCGUGGCAUAGAGGCAAAAAUUUGGCAAACAAUUUUGACAGCAGCAUUAAUGUUUGCAACAUAUGAAAAAAUCGCUUUGAUAGUAGGUAAAGCAUUAUUUACAAAAAGUCGAACUAAAGUAUAAGAAAAUUUGUAAUCAAAUUUAUAAAUUUUUACUACAAAUAUGGAAACUACUGAAACUAAGUAUAACAAAAACUGAAACUAAGUAUUUGGAAUAUUAGAAAUUAAAAGUUGAUUUUUGAAAAAGAA